UCUCUCUCCUCAUCUUGCAGCUGGUUCUUCUUCUGCUACUCCACUUUAUUUUUCUAGAGAGAGGGAAAAAAAGUGAGGAGAUUUGAUGCGUUUCUAUAUCUCCAUCUCUCUCACUUUUUAUGCAUUUUUAGCUCUUUUCUCCCACAUUUCCAGCAAUUGUAAAGGUCCGGCCUUGCUUUCUCUCUUGACUUACUCACGCCCAAUUCGUCCCAUUUCUUUUUGGUGACAAACGAGCUUUGCAGAAUUCUUGAAUUGGUGAUUCGGAGGUGUUUUAUGUAUUGGCUAUGCAGAGUAAUAAUCUUGAGGAAGAGUAGAUUGACGAAGAGGGGUGGUGUUUUGGAUCAAUGGUUGGGAAAAACAGAUCUGUUGUGAGUUGUUUCAGUUUCGAGAUCGUGGUGGGAUUUGCUCUCGUUUUCGCGAUCUGGACUUCUCAGGGGUACACCAAUCCUAGUGAUGUUGCUGCUAUCAAUGGCUUCUACGUUGCGUUGGGAUCACCCCGUCUCCCAGGAUGGGUUGCUAGUGGUGGAGACCCUUGCGGUGGUGGCUUACAGUGGCAAGGUGUCACCUGUGACGACACAUCCUCCAUAAGUUCAAUAACACUGACUGGGGCUGGCUUGAACGGAGAGUUGGGGGAUACCCUUGGAGGAUUUACUUCUCUAAAAUCUAUAACACUGAGCAACAACCUUAUUGGUGGUAGCAUUCCUGAGUUACCCCCUACACUGGUUACGAUUUUUCUUUCAGAUAAUAAGCUAACAGGAAGCAUACCGAGUUCUUUGUCGUCCCUGAGUCAACUGUCAGCUAUGUCCCUUAACAACAACCAACUAAGCGGAGAAAUCCCCGAUGCAUUUGCAGGCCUUACAGUUUUGGUUAAUUUAGACAUGUCCUCUAACAGUUUGAGCGGGGAGCUGCCGCCUUCAAUGAGUAAUUUGUCACUUCUGACUACUCUUCAUUUGCAGCAAAAUCAGCUCUCCGGAACUCUUGAUGUUUUGCAGGAUCUUCCCCUUAGAGAUUUAAAUGUACAAAACAAUUCUUUUUCUGGACCUAUACCACCAAAGCUGUUGAACUUGCCCACUUUCAGGGGUGAUGGAAAUCCAUUCAAUUCAAGUACCGCUCCGUUGUCUCCUCCGACGACAACCUCAGGGACACCAUCGCCGUCGGCACUUCCAUUUUUUCCCGGGCCAGAUUCUGACCAGAAGCCGCCUCCCACAUCUGGGCAACGACCAACGAAGCAGGCUGAUGGCCCGUCUUCGAGAGAUUUAAACUCGGGAGGCUCCAAAAAGUCUUCGAGCACAAAGAGAAUCGUAUGGAUAUCCAUUGCUGCCGUGCUCUCAUUCAUAAUAUUGCUAUUAGCAGUCCUGCUUCUCAUGCCGAGGUGCAUCAGGGAAAGACAAGAAACGUACCGAUCACGGAAGAGGCACGAAAUAGCUCCGUACUCGGGCGCCCGGGAGAAUCCGAGAGACAGUGGUCCGUUGAUCCUACCGAGCCACGAUGUGGAGAAAGCUCCCCCUGUCGCUCCAUUGAUUGCUCCUGUGAGGAAAAAGGAGGAAAAUCAGCCGCAACGAGCAGUCGGCGCGAUACCCAAACCACGAGCUGAAGAAGAGGUGAAUAAGAAAGCAAUGAGUAGCGAACCACCGGCAAGGAAUCCUUAUGAUAUAGACCUGAGCAGAUUUGACAUUGACAUUCCUCCACCGCCACCGCCACCCCCACCACCCCCACCUCCGCCUCCGCCUCCUGCACCUCCUUCAGAGAAAGUCAUUGUUAAUCCACCUCAAGCAAACGAAAUCAGGCCUUCGACCGGGCUAUUUCCCACAACAUCUGUCAGGGUUUAUUCAAUAGCAGUUCUUCAGCAGUACACAAGUAGCUUUUCACAAGAAAAUCUUAUCGGGAGUGGAAUGCUGGGAAAUGUUUACAGGGCAGAACUACCUGAUGGAAGGUUGCUUGCAAUAAAAAAACUGGACAAGAGAGUGGCGAACCAACUGAAGGAUGAGCAAUUUAUUGAGCUGGUUAACAGUCUUGAUAGGAUCCGCCAUGCUAAUGUGGUCGAGCUCAUGGGUUACUGCUCCGAGCACGGACAACGACUGCUCAUUUACGAGUAUUGUGCUAGUGGAACUCUGCAUGACGCUUUGCACUCAGAAGACGAAUUCAAGAGUAAACUCUCGUGGAACACUCGCAUCAGGAUGGCUCUCGGGGCUGCGCGAGCAUUAGAGUAUCUGCACGAGGUCUGUGAACCACCCAUAAUUCACAGAAAUUUCAAGUCUGCUAAUGUGCUCCUGGAUGACGAACUUGCUGUCCUCGUCUCUGAUUGUGGUUUGGCUCCGUUGAUUCUAUCCGGAGCUGUAAGUCAGUUGUCGGGACAGCUUCUCACUACCUACGGCUAUGGUGCCCCUGAGUUUGAAUCGGGUGUAUACACUACAAAGAGUGACGUAUACAGCUUUGGAGUGGUGAUGCUAGAACUCUUGACCGGAAGAAUGUCGUACGACAGAAUAAUGAUCAGCUCACGUGCUCGAGGGGAACAAUUUCUCGUUAGAUGGGCCAUUCCUCAGCUUCAUGACAUAGAUGCCUUGUCGAAUAUGGUUGAUCAUGCUCUGACCGGUAGAUACCCUGUGAAGUCAAUUUCGCACUUUGCCGACAUAAUCUCCCGUUGUAUUCUGGUGGAGCCGGAGUUCCGGCCACCAAUGUCUGAAGUUGUGCAAGAUAUAAUGCAGCUGAUUCGGAGGGAAUCGCCACAAAGAUCAGAAGACAACUAUCUUAAAACGCAAGCCUCUGUCUAGGGAACAAGGAUCGUGGAUCAAUCAUCGGAUAAUGGCUUGAAGGUGGAAAUGUACGAUGAACUCCUCGACCGCUACCUAACACAGCCGGUCUUCGCCUCUUGCAUCGGCAGAGAAGACGUGCCCUUUUGAGUCCCAAGUGUCGGUUGUCCUCUGCAAUCUUGACUGAAAUUGGCCGAGAAAUGCUUACCCAAAUUUAUUAUUGGAUAGUGAAUGUUCAUUGUUAGUGUUGAAAUUUGUAUAAUUCUUUUGUUUGGAGGAGUUUCUGAUUGCAUUGUGCAAAGUUACAUAAUUUUGUUUUA